GGCAAGCCCUAGGCUCUGUGGUUUAACCCACAACGCCGCCCGCGUCCCUCUAUUUGGAAAUAGGCAAGCCCAAAGCAGGCAUCUGUCUAUUCUGUCUCAGCUAGAAUGGGCUUUAAAAAAAAACCUGGGGUUUUUUUGGUUGUUGCUCUGAUCACUGCAUUUCUGCAUUGUGCCUCGUGAUGCUGCUACUUUAGCACCUAGAGUAUCUUUCAAUGGGCUGCCAUGCAGAUUUAAUUUAAUACUGCUAAUAACAAUAAUAUGGCAUUGUAUGUUAUUAACGCAGCUUGUGCUGGGAAGGGGUAGUUUUGAUGCACCUUAGUACUGACUGAAUGCUUUCUGGUAGAAGCUGAUUGGAAAGAGGUGUCUCUAGGGCAGAGCAUGGCUGCCUCUGAGCCUCCUCUGGGGGUGGGGCACCUCAGGUUCACAGGAGCCUUUAAUUAGCGCAUUUCUUGUGGUACACUGGCACAGCCUCCCACAGCACACUAAUGUGCCAUAGCUCACGGUUUCUGAAUGACUGCUCUGUGUUACCAGCUGAGGUGCAUACCCUCCAACAUUUCUCCGAUGAAAAUAAGGACCUUUCAUUCCAUAACAUAGCUGCCAAGUUUUCCCUUUUCUCGCGAGGAAGCCGAUUCAGCAUAAGGGAAAAUCCCUUUAAAAAAGGGAUAACUUGGCAGCUAUGUUACAUAAUGAUGUUGUUGUUGUUUAGUCGUGUCCGACUCUUCGUGACCCCAUGGACCACAGCACACCAGGCACUCCUGUCUUGCACUGCCUCCCGCAGUUUGGUCAAACUCAUGUUCGUAGCUUCGAGAACACUGUCCAACCAUCUCGUCCUCUGUCGUCCCCUUCUCCUAGUGCCCUCAAUCUUUCCCAACAUCAGGGUCUUUUCCAAGGAUUCUUCUCUUCUCAUGAGGUGGCCAAAGUAUUGGAGCCUCAGCUUCAGGAUCUGUCCUUCCGAUGAGCACUCAUGGCUGAUUUCCUUAAGAAUGGAUAGAUUUGAUCUUCUUGCAGUCCAUGGGACUCUCAAGAGUCUCCUCCAGCACCAUAAUGAUAAUUUUACUGUUUAUACCCCACACAUCUUACUGGCUUGCCCCAGCAAUUAUGGGCAGCUUCCAACAUAUAUAAAAACAAUAAUACAUUAAACAUAUUUUUUCCCCAACACUUCCCAAUACAGGAUUGCCUUCGGACGGCUCGGGGGUCAGAUAACUCCACACCAUCCAAAAUUUCUCCAAUGAAAAUAGGGAUGUUCCGGGAUCAAAUCAGAAAUUGGGAUGGCUUCUCUAAAUCAGAGACAUCCCUGGAAAAUAGGGACAUUUGUAAGGUCUGGAGGUCAGGGAUUGCCCAUGAGGAAGGUCAUUCUGGCUUGGCUCAGCACAGGUCGUUUGGUUUAACCUAAUUGGUAUUGUUAUGAACGUGGGUGGUCAGUCUGGAUGAAAUUAUUAUAUUAUUAUCAGUGCUUUUUAAAUAAAAAUAAUGUUUAGGAGUCCUCUCAUUUUGACUUGAGAAAAUAACUGUUUUAUAGUUCAAAUUGGGAAAAAUAAACACAGUAAAUGGACAAAAGGCCGCCAUCGAGGGUAGCAACGGAACUGAUGAUUCCCUGUGCUAAAGAAGAAACUAAUAAAAAUUUAAAUUUUAAGUUUCUUCUCCCGUUAGAUUCACAAAAUGCAUAACCCAUCGUCCCCCCCCCCCAAGGAAAAAAAAGCACUGGUGAUGAUGAUUAAAAUGCAUAUAACGCCUCUCAUCCAAAGAUCACAGGAGGUUUACAGUAUAAAAACACAGAAACACAUAACAUAAAAACGAAUGAAACAAUAAUCCCCCUCAGUUUAAAAGGCCACGGAUUGUGUAAUUAGCCCAAGGCCUGGGAGAAGAGGAAUGUUCUCACUGGGCGUCUAAAGAUCUGUAGUGAAGGUGCCAGGUGAACCUUCAUGAGGAGUGCAUUCCACAAAUGGGGAGCCACUGCAAAAAAGGCCUGUUCCGGUGUAUAUUUUGCUCUAGGAGGCUUAGUGCGGUCAGAAUCGAGUAUACACUUCCCAAGUUAAUGCUAAAUACGGUACAUAACAUCUGCAAAAUGAGCCACCAUAGCUGCUGGAGGGCUGCAGAAAUUUGUGUCCCAGGCUUUUUAGAUUAAUCUACCCAUGUGCUAUCUGAAACCAAAGGGGCGCAUUGGUUGCCAGAGGUGACGCAUAUUGUAUGCGGGUGGUGCUGAGGUCUAAACCAUUCAGCCUCUUGGGCUUGCUGAUCGGAAGGUCGGUGGUUCGAAUCCCUGCGACGGAGCGAGCUCCCGUUGCUCUGUCCCAGCUCCUGCCAACCUUGCAGUCCGAAAGCACGCCAGUGCGAGUAGAUAAAUAGGUACCGCUGUGGCGGGAAGGCAAAUGGCGAUUCCUUGCGCUCUGGUUUCCAUCACAGUGUCCCAUUGUGCCAGAAGCAGUUUAGUCAUGCUCGCUAGAUGACUAGAUGACUAGGAAAGCUGUCUGUGGACAAACACCGGCUCCCUCAGCCUGAUGAGCGCCGCAACCCCAGAGUCGCCUUUGACUGGACUUAACCGUCCAGGGGUCCUUUACCUUUAUCUUUUCAUAUUGGCGUUACAGUCAGCUCCCCCCCCUUAUUUUUUACGUACUGAAGUGUGAUUGACAAUUACAAUGUGCUGUAUGCGAUGUGUCCUUAAAAGACUGCUUUGAAGCUGUAGCUAGCGCACGUCGCGGCUGCCCACUUCCUUUUGCUUGCGAGUAUGUAAGGAACGUGCCGCCACUCAGUGCUUCUUAGCAUCCGGGCCUAGUUCAAAGCUCCGGUGGUUAGCCUUAAAGACCUUUACAGCCUGGGUAUGUCAUACCAGAGGCUGCCUUAUCACUUAUAAACUCUUUAGGGGGGGGGGGUGAAAUCCUGGCCAAGGUUCUGUCUCCUGCCAACACAUGGAGCAGGGCUGCGGAGACCGCGGAAGACUGCGACUGACUUCCUAAGGUGUCCCGAGAGAGUUGGACUUGCACCUUCUUUCCAAGGUUUACCUGUGCAGAUUUCAAACCCAAUACAGUGGUACCUCUACUUACGAAUUUAAUGCGUUCCGAACACACAUUCGUAAGUCGAAAAAAAUUGUAAGCCGAAUCCCAUAGGAAUGCAUUGGGAGAAAAAAAUUGUAAGUCGAAGCAACCCUAUCUAAAAAUUCGUAAGUAGAAAAAAUCCUAUCUAAACCGCAUCCAAGAUGGCGGCCGGAGCUCCGUUCGUAAGUAGAAACAUUCGUAAGUAGAGUUAUUCGUAAGUAGAGGUACCUCUGUAUCUUCCUUUCUCUGGAAUUUUCUGUUGUCCAGGUUACAAAAGCAACAUCCGAACUACCGGUAUCUGUUUGUCACACCACUCCUGUGUGCUUGGUGAAGGAGGACACGAGUAAUCUCCUGUUCUAAUCAAGGUUUGUCCUCGUUUUGCAAACAAAAGUCAUCUUUCUAACAGAGUGUGCAGAACCCAGCAGAGCCGUCUCUUUCUCUCUCUCCGCCCCCCACCCCCCAGUUAAGCUCAUGAUAUUUGUGGGGUCAAGAAGCACAAAAGGAAUCCAGUCACUCAGCUUCAGUGGCCCAUCUACCCCAGGGUGACCAAGGUCGUUUCAGUGCCGAAACGGAGCUUGAAACUGAAUCGAAAGGGGUCCAGAUCCUUGAAGUAACUUUGAAGUUAAUCUUCCACUACCUUCUUGAGCAACUUGCCCCCAAAGUGACAUUUGUGAAUUGGCUAUAGUUUCCCAAUACUCUGGGCUCCAGGCAUGGACGUAGCCAGGAUUUUUUAUUGGGGGGGGGCAGGCUUUUGUUGGGGGGGGCAGAACCUCAGAUUUGUAUUGAUUUUUAUUGAUUUAGGAGGCAGCGUCCCCCCUGCCCCCCUGGCUAUGCCCAUGGGUCCAGGGAAAUUCUUUUAAGAAAGGGGUGCACCCCAGACACUUUAAGGCUGCUGGUACUCUUUAAGGCCCCUCAAAACACACACACACACAUGCAAUAAGGCAUUAUUUGCUCCCUGGACACUUUAACAGGAGCAACUGUGGUGUCUAAUUCCACGCAAAUCCUAGCAUUUUUCUCCGCAAUGCACUUAACGGGUUUGUCACAGCAGGCCUAUGGUGGCUUCAUGCUACCACCACUUCAUGCUACCACCACACUGAAAAUCUCUUCCGGGUGAUUACUUUAAGGUGCAAUUGUGAUGGCCAGGAGUGCCAGGUUGGCCCUGCGACCAUGGGUGCCCAGGGCCAUGGGUGCCAUGCAGCGUGCAUUGCCCUGGCACUGAAAUUUGUGGAUGCCUGGCCCCUUCAUGGGGAAUUUUGUGGGUGCCCUGGCAUCCAGGGCCCCCGGGAGUUGGCACCUAAUAAUUCUUUCUUUCUUUUUUUUGAAAUUUUUGAAAUUUGAUUUUACAAAUUCAUUCACACUCAUAAUCACAAAUAAUAAAAUUACACAAGAUUCUUCUGAAUCUCAAGACUUCCCUCCUCCCCUGCGUGGGUUCUUUAGUUAACUUUUUCAACUGCAUAUUAUAAACUUUCAGUCCUCCAUCGUAUCCCAAGUCUGUGUAUCAUUACAAGAGUUAUUUAAGACCUGCCAAAGAGUUCAAAUGCUUACAGUGGUCUGUCAAGUAUAUUAUAAAUUUCUCCCAUUCUUUGUUGAAGUUUUGAUCCUCCUGGUUUCUGAUUUUCUCAGUCAUUUUUGCCAUCUUUUCAUAGUCCAGUAGUUUAGUCUGCCAGUCCCUUCUGGUAGGGACCCUGUCAUCUUUCCAACAUUGGGCAAGCAGCAUUCUUGCAGCUGUUGUAGCAUACAUAAACUUUUUCAGUUCCUUCGGUAUCUCUGCACCUACAGUUCCUAACAAAAAGGCUUCUGGUUUUUUAAAACAAACAUUAUUUUGAACAUUUUUUAAAUUCAUUGUAUAUCAUCUCCCAGAAUUCCUUUAUUGCUUUACAAUUCUACUACAUAUGGUAAAAGGUGGCACCUAAUAAGAAUCACCACUAAGGAUAUGUGUGGAAUUCUGCAUACAACAGCUUUCCAAAAGCCACUGCAAUGACCUGGAAAAAGCAGGCGGAAGGCUGAUUUGCAUGGCAUUCAGUCCAUCAAUCAAUUGAUUGAUGGACUGAAUGCCAUGCUGGGUAUGUUUAGCCUGGAGAAGAGAAGGUUAAGGGGUGAUAUGAUAGCCAUGUUCAAAUAUAUGAAAGGAUGCCAUAUGGAGGAGGGAGAAAGGUUGUUUUCUGCUGCCCCAGAGAAGCGGACACGGAGCAAUGGAUUCAAACUUCAAGAAAGAAGAUUCCACCUAAACAUUAGGAAGAACUUCCUGACAGUAAGAGAUGUUCGGCAGUGGAAUUUGCUACCAAGGAGUGUGGUGGAGUCUCCUUCUUUGGAGGUCUUUAAGCAGAGGCUUGACAGGCAUAUGUCAAGAAUGCUUUGAUGGUGUUUCCUGCUUGGCAGGGGGUUGGACUGGAUGGCCCUUGUGGUCUCUUCCAACUCUAUGAUUCUAUGAAUCAGUCAAUCAAUCAAUCAAUCAGUCAAUUAUUGCCCUUCCUUUUUCCCUUUCAGGGACUCAAGGCAGCUUAAUGAUAAAAUAAGAAUAAUCAGCACAUGAUUGGCCAUCCUUGCACUUUAAUCCACUUUCUGUGGAUUUGCCAGUUAAGUGCUGCUAUGACUUGGCCCUGAGUCCCUUUCAGACGAUGCCACUUUAAAAAGAAAAUAAAAGUAGUUUGAAACGUAAAACAUUGGUGAUAUUUUUCAGCUGUCUUAGCUGAACUGUGCCGGGUAAUUUGACUUCAGCAUGGAAAUGGCACUGUGGGCAGAUAAAAGGAAGAGACACAACAACCAUGUGCCGAAUGAUGGAGCGAGCCAGAGAAGAGGUUCCUGUGCUGCAAACCUGCUUUCCCUUUGCCGUGCCUGGGCUUGCUACUGAAUGCCAUGAAUGCAGUGACCAGGUGUCAGAGGGAAAAUGGCAGAGAGCUCCCUGUUUGCGCAACGGCUGCAGGCCAUUACUGAGCGGCGCAGGCUGCAGGAGCGUAUCCUGGCCACCCGCCGGGAGCUGGAGGAGGAGAGACUGCGAGCCCAGCGCCUCAAGAGGAAAUCCCUGCGUGAUCGUUGGCUGAUGGAGGGAACAUCCUCACCCACAGACGACAAUGAUCACUUGUCUUCUGUUUGGGAGGCACAGAAUCGCAUUCAGGAAUUAGAGAAAGAUCUGUCCAGCCUCCAAACUCAGAUGCAGCAGCUGGAUAAUCCAGAACUUCACCAGGGACUGCUGCAGCCAGAAGAGCCUGUGAAGGCUUUGAAGGAGGUGAAGCGGUCUUCGUUGGAUGGCAUUGGGGAGGUUGAUGGGACCUCUUCCUCUCCUCCAGAAGAGAGAAGUAACCCUGAGUCCAGACUCGAGUUGGCUCCUGUUCCACCCAAGAGGUCUCUGCAAGCAACAGCCCAAGAGAAGCUGCAGAAUGGAGACAUGCCGGGAGGAGGUGUGUUUGGCAGUGAAUGCAGUCCUGAGAAGGCAGAAGUCGAUGUGAGCCCUAUAACUGAAGAAUGUGGAGGCAUCCAGCCCCCACAAAGAAGUGCCGAAGCUGCUCCGGACAUUAAACUGGCCUGCCAGAGCUUGGGCCUCAGUGAAGCCUCUCCCAACUGCCCAAGAAAGCUGGCAGUGGAGGAGAUGGUCAUCCGAGACCACUUGGGCCAGGAAGUGGGCAGUAUGGAUGCUGUUGGGCAGAAGCAGAGCUCCAUUGGGAAGGAGGAAGACUUGGAGGGCCACCCUGAUUUGGGGAAUGAGGGUGAAGAAGGGAGCAAGCCAAACCACCUUUGCAGUGCCUCGAGUUCAGUGAAGGCCCCCGGAGCUACAGAAAGCCGGGUGGACAGUGAACUGGGCAGCCGUGAUGGUCCAGAGGGAGAGUCCCCCACUUCUUGGGAAUAUCAUCAGAGUCCCUCUAAGGCGCCACAGGGUGAGAAUAGCUGCCUUGAUUCUCCCAAGUGGCGGGCAGAGGCGGAGCUGGAGAUGGGCUCCCUGGCCAAGGAAGCAGAACGGAUGGGAGCUGGGCAGAAGGAGUUACCAGAACAGGGGGCCAAGGAGGUGGAGCCUGCUCGAGGCCUAGCAGUUGGCCAUGCGGAGCCAGUGAUGGGGGGACAGGGAAAUCUAAGCGGAGAGAGUCUGGGGUCAUGGCUGGACCAGCCUAAGCUACCUCUGCUGGACCAGAUCCCUGAUCCGGAAGAAGGCAAGAUGCCACUUCUAGAUGAAGUCAUGUUGUCAUCAUCACCUCUGCCAGACCAGGUUCCAGGGACACUUCAGGAGCAGAUUCCUCCUCCCCUGCAAGACCAGAUUCCAUCUUCUUUUCAGGAAAUGGAGGGUUCAUGCCUAGAGCCUUUGUUACCAAAUCAGAGCCUGUCCACUCUUUCGGACCAGUCUGCUCCUUUGCAAGAAAAGAAAGAACUGCUUCCAUCCGCACAGCAAGAGUCCCUUUUAGAUCCAACCCCACCAUCUCUGCAGGACGAUCUUUCCUCUUCUCCAAAAGAUAACCCAUCCUCUUUUCAGGGUGAGUUCACUUCUCUGCAGGACCAGAUCCCAUCGCCUCUACAUGAAGCUAAUGGGAAACCUCUGGACCAGAUCCCAACAUCUCGACAAGAACAGAGUGCUGCUGCUCUGCCAGAUCAGGUCCUGUCACCUCCGCUCGACCAGUUCACAUCUCUGCCAGGGCAGAUCCCUUCCUCUUUGAACGAAAUAGAGAAAUCGCUUCAGAGGUCGACAACAUCACAGGGCCAGGAACUUUCCGGGGUGGAAGCUAAAGGAUCCUUUCCAGACAUAAUCCCCUCCUUGUCUAAUCAGCUCACUUCUCUGCCUGAUCAAAUAAAUUCCCUUCAAGAAGCAGAGGGAUUGCCCUUGGAAGAGAUUCCAGUCAUUCUGCAGGAUCAAAUGCCAACGGCUCCAGAGGCCCGGAUCCCUUCUCUGCCAGAGGAAGACAUCAUUCUUCCAGGCCAGAUCCCAUUCCCUGUGGAUGAAGGUAAGCAUUUACUUCCAGGGGAGUCUCCAGCAUCUGGACCAGACCCGAUCCCACAAGCUCUUCUGGACCAGGACCCAACAUUUCUGGAGGGUGCAGCCCCUUCUUCUCUGCAAGAGAUGGGAGGGUCCCUUACAGACCAGAUGCAGGCAUCCCUGCCAAGCCAGACCUCACCUCGUCUCCUUGAAGCUAAAGGGUCACCUCAGGGCCAAGCUCAACCUAUGCUAACGGAGCAGGUGCCAAUCUCUCCGCAGGGCCAGGCAACUUCCCUUCAGGAGCCUGAAAAGUCUCUUCCAGAAAAGCUGGAAGAAGUGCCCCUGCUGCCAGGCCAAGCCCCAUCCCCUAACCCAACGGCUCCAGAUGCUUUGCUCUCGUCCAGCCAGGACGCUGGCCAGCCUCUCCUGGACAAGACUGUAUCAGUGGGAAACCGGGAGCUGAAAGAAGGUAGAGAUGGCAGCCUGGCCUCAGCAGCAGAAGAGGCUAAGGAAAGUCUCCACGCUGAACAGCAACCUCUGCUGCAGGAGGCCUCGGCAGAUGCGCUGGACAUUUCUGUGGGAGGCUUACAGCCCAAGAUGGGGAUCUUAAAACUCCAGGCAGCCACAAACCAGGAGGCCCCAACCUACACCACCACCUCUGCCAACACUGCCUCCUCAUGCCAGCUCCAACCCACGGCACCCCGGCAAGGGGAAGACCCAGAGCAGGGGCAGAGCAGGCGCAAGCAGAAGUCGUGCCAGUGCUGCUCGGUCAUGUGAGCUUGGCUAGGAUGCUCUCCACAGGAACAGGAGUUGUUGAUCUGGUCCCAAUGGCAGGCUCUGAAGUUGGUAACAUGCCCUGCCAGUAGUCUACUGUAGGUCUCUCUCUCUCUCUCUCUCUCUCUCUCUCUCUCUCUCUCUCUCUCUCUCUCUCUCUCUCUCUCUCUCUCUCUCUCUCUCUCUCUCUCUCAUGUACACACACAAACACACACACUCCCUGGGAGGAGACGACGGAUGCUGGUUGUGGAGAUGAGCCCUUAGAGGGUUUCCAACAGAGGACUUGUUCAAAUAGUGGAUUUGCCUCUCCAUGUUUAUCAUCUCUCCAUGUUCCCCUGGAGUGGGUGAACAGGACAGAGAGAAAUCUGAUGCUGUUUGGGAGGCUCCAAGUGUGUCUCUACAUGACAUAGUCACACGUAGGAACUAAUGCAUGGACACCCACCCACACAAUAGCAGCAGGUACACUCUGCACACUAGCAACAUGGGUCCACAUUGCUGACUCUGCAUCGCCAUGCACUAACGCAUAGACUCCACCAACAUGUUCCCCCCACCUGUUUCCUGUGUAUGCAUUCUCCCCCAGACACACACACGUGCGCAUAAACACACACACACACACAUUUUGGUGUGCAUUUGUGUAAAUUUGCGUCGUUGGAAUGCACAUAUCCAUGCGCAGGUGUUGUUAACAUGCCUACACAGGCACAUACAGUCACAUAUCCGCUUGCAUGUUGGCCUGCAGCGCCUCAGUUCACGCCCCACAGUUUCAUGCGCCAGUAAGAAAAGACAUAUGCUUCCACAUGCUUGUACAUUACUCGCAUUGGGCUGGAUACCGAGAGCUACACCCAUGCAUGCAGAACUCUUGACACCUCCACUCUCCGCAUGUGCCUGAAUCCCUCUUGCCGGCUUGGCGUUACUCUCCAAAAUCAGUCUGGGCACAUUCCAGGGACACUGAGCAAUACCUCCUUCGCUUCGUACUGCCUUCUGCACGUAGGCUGAGGUGCCCCAGCUGUGCCACGGUGGACUUUGCAGCAAAUACUCAGCACUGUGACACUUUGGGCACAAGAGGACUCUGGGACAGCAGGAGCUGGCGAUACAGAGAGACUCCGGACAAGGAGCUGCUGGAACCCUCUCGGCUUGGAUGUGGCCUCCCAGCUAAGAUCUCACGUGGUGCAGACUCAAUGCUCUCCCUCACAAGGACAGACUGAGAGACCUUUCCUAACUGUGACCCCCCCACCCCACCCCAAUUCCUAUCACAGCCACUGGGUCCGUGCUCUAGCCCAGUGUUUCUCAACCAGUGUGCCUCCAGAUGUUUUGGGACUACAACUCCCAUCAUUCCUGACCACUGGUCUUGCUAGCGAGGGAUGAUGGGAGUUGUAGUCCCAAAACAUCUGGAGGCACACUGGUUGAGAAACACUGCUCUAGCCAGGGUACAGGGACCCCCCAGCCCUCCUCCUCACAACCACCCACACCCUUCCCAUGACUGUUUAUUCUAUGCACUUUGUUUUUAAUUCGAAUUAUGUAACUUCUGUUAGGGCCACCGCCAAAGUCAGUAAGAGCCUUUUACAUGGUCAGUUCCUGGGCAGUACUGGAAGAGUCUCAAUUAAAGGCAGAUACAAUGACAAGCGGGACCUCUGGCUGUGCUUGGGGGGAGGAAAUGGGUCUUGUGCUCCGGAGCUGGCAAAGAGGUGCUCCUCAGGGAUGUUCCAGCUACCAGCAUCUUUUUUACUAACAACCACAGCUAGAGGAACAGCAUGAUCCAGAUGUCAGGGCAGGGAACGCAGGCGGGCAAUUGGGGGUCCUGUUUUCCAGUAUGGGGUUAUCCUAAAUAGGUAAAGGUAAAGGAUCCCUGGACGGUUAAGUCCAGUCAAAGGCGACUAUGCGGUUGCAGCGCUCAUCUCGCUUUCAGGCUGAGGGAGCCGAUGUUUGUCCACAGACAGCUUUCUGGGUCAUGUGGCCAGCAAGACUAAACUGCUUCUGGCGCAACGGGACACGGUGACGGAAACCAGAGCACACGGAGACACUGUUUACCUCCCUGCCGCAACAGUUCCUAUUUAUCCACAGUGGUACCUCGGUUUACAAACACAAUUGGUUCCGGAAGUCUGUAGUUAACCUGAAGCGUACUUAACCUGAAGCGAACUUGCCUCGCUAGACGAAUUUAAUUCGUUCCACAGGUCUUUUCUUAUAACGAAAAAUUCGUCUAGCGAAUCCCAUAGGAAUGCAUUGAAUUUUUUUGAUUUUUUUUUUUGCCCAUAGGAACGCAUUAAUUGAAUUUCAAUGCAUUCCUAUGGGAAACCGUGAUUCGCUAGAUGAAUUUUUCGUAAAACGCAUUCGUCUAGCGAGGCAACCUCCACUAGAAAAAACCUUUCAUUAAGCGGAAAUUUCGUUAAGCAGGGCAUUCGUUAAGCGAGGCACCACUGUAAUGGAAAGUGGAUUAAUCCAUUCUAGACAGUUCCACGGAGUACCUAAACUGAAAAUACUCAAACCGAGGCAUACUUAAACCGAGGUAUGACUGUACUUUCACUGGCGUGCUUUCGAACUGCUAGGUUGGCAGGAGCUGGGCAGAGGAAUGGGAGCUCACCCCGUCGCAGGGAUUUGAACCGCUGACCUUCCAAUUGGCAAGCCCAAGAGGCUCAGUGGUUUAGACCACAGCGCCACCCGGGUCUGGCUUCCAUCAUGAUGUUCCUGCUCUUUCUACCAAGUGAAGCCCUUGACUUCUGCCCUAAAGGCCUUCCCAGCUAGCCCCACUUCCAGCUCCCUACAUACUUGCAUACUGAGAGGCGAGAGGCAGGUGAAAUGGUUGGUUUGGCUGCAAGAAGCUCUGGUUUGCCAGAGGCAUUUCAGCAGAUGCUGGCAGGGGUGUAGCCAGGAUUUAUUUCGGGGGCGCAGGCAUUAUGUUAGGGGGGACACAGAACUGAAUUAUCUGACAUGCAAUUGGUCUGUUAGUAAGUAUUUUUAUUUAUUUACUUUAUAUGGGCCCCAGCUAUGCCCAUUUGGGGAGGCCGUAUUUGCAAGAUCCUUGUUUUGUGCUGAGGAUUGGACUAGAUGACCCCCCAAGCUUCCUUCCAUAUCUAAGAGUCGAGGAACAACUGCCAAGGUGAUGUUGGGCCACAGACUCAUGGCGAAGGCUUGGCGUUUCCGUGUUAAGCAGCACCUGUAGGAAGGGCAGCUGUGGUGGGGCAAAGCUUUGGGGCAGGUGUGCCAACAGGAGAUGGUGCCUAUGCAAGCCCCCCAACCCCAAAGGAAGUGCUUCUGAUCUACUGAUCUACUAAGAGAGGCAUGCAGGUGAGCAAGCCCAUUCCUGACACCCACAGCCAGGCCAGUGAGCUGCCAGCUGGGUCCACUCCUGGGCCACUCACCUUGGUCUCAAGAGCACCCAGCUUCUGUUGUAGAAUGGGGGGGAUUCAGUGCAAGGAUCAGAGCACCCAGAGUUCUUCUAGUGCAGGGGUCCCCAAACUAAGGCCCGGGGGCCGGAUGUGGCCCAAUCGCCUUCUAUAUCCGGCCCACGGACAGUCCGGGAAUCAGCAUGUUUUCACCUGAGUAGAAUGUGUCCUUUUAUUUAAAAUGCAUCUCUGGGUUAUUUGUGGGGCAUAGGAAUUCGUUCAUAUUUGUUUCCAAAAUAUAGUCCGGCCCCCCACAAGGUCUGAGGGACAGUGGACCCCCUGCUGAAAAAGUUUGCUGACCCCUGUUCUAGUGGGUUUUCCUGUUGCCUUAUCCGGGCUUAGGUUUCUACUCCUGGACGUAUUUGCCAUGCCAUGCAGAUUUCAUGCAAUGUGCCUGUCUUUGUGCUGGCACCAAAGGCAGCCCUAGUAUGAGGCCAGAUUUCAGUUGAUCGGGUGAGGCCUUUGUUCAGUGCCCAGUGAAGCAGAGAGCUCAAUGGCCUUGCCAGCCCCAGGAAGCAAGCAGCAUGAUUUUAUUUCAACCAAAGGAUUGAGCCGGGCUGUUUUCUCAUGGGCAGUUGAGAAAGGAGAAGUGUCAUUUGUCUACUAGAGGAGAACCGUGGUUCCCAAUCCCAUACCACCCCCUUCUUCUUACUGCCCUACUGUGAAACACUACUGUAUGAAAGCCAUUGCUUGGAACACCACAUUCCAAAGGAACACAACUGUCAAUAUUUUAUUGCUAAUAAUUUUGCUUUCUACCACCCUCUCCAUAAACCAUUACAAGUGUGCAGGCAAGGAGUGACUUUUUGCCCGAGCUCUUACAGAUGGCAGCACUA